AUGAAAUCAACCACUCUCAUUAUCCCCCUCCUGACCACCCUCGCAGCCGCACAAGGUUUCUUUGAUGAGUGCGCCAAGCCAUGGUCCCUCGGCUACCGUAACCGGGUGCACUUCGUCAUCGCGACAUGCCCGGGGCCCGACGACAAGAAGUACACGAGCACGAUUAAUUUGAAUGACUGCUUGAGCAACUCGGAGGGGGUCUUGCGGGCGGAUAAAUCUUCUCUCCCUACUGGCAUUCGCGAGAAGCGUUGUCCCGCAUCAUGUCGUGUCGGUUCGAACUCUAUAUUUCCCACGCCAUCGUAUAAUAGUUUUGGAACACGGAAAACUGUUAUGGACAUGUUGAAUAAUGAAGCAACUGACGGACGGACUGUGCAUAGUGGCUUCGCCUUCCACUCCUGCUCCUCCUGUACCGCCGCCACACCGUCUACAAACGCGGAAUUGACGUGUCAAUGCAAGCAGACGGGUGGUCAGCCCAAGACGACGAUUAUCGAUCUAAAUACGGUGGUGAGCAACACUGAUGGGAUCAUCGGUUGCUUUGGUCUCCCGGGUGAGUGGUCCUUCUGGGAUGAUGCUACUCCUCCUCUUAUUGAUUGUGCUGAGCUGACGUGGAAUUCUUCUUCUACAGGGUUCGAAGUGGCGCCCAGUGAGUUGUGA